AUGGCCAACACCUACAGAAUCGUGGUUUUCGAAGGUUCGUUUCCGGCGCUCCGGAUUUCAGAAGUUGGGGGAUCUGGCUAAUUGAACUCCGCGUAGGUGACCAUUGUGGUCCGGAGGUUACCAAGGAGGCUAUUAAGGUUUGACUUCUGGGGAUGGGAUGGGAUGGGAUGUGGGAUACGAGGCUUAUUGUGGUAUCAUGUGUACCGGUAGGUCCUCAAAGUGGUCGAGCAACAUUCUAAGGCCAAGUUUGAUUUUCAAAACCACCUUCUUGGUGGUGUAAGUUUUCCCAGCACUCCUCUACAGUACAAUCCUAAUGAUCGAUUGAUUGAGCAUGGCUAAAGGGCAGACCAGGCCUCAAUCGAUGCAACCGGAGAGCCCCUCACAGACAAAGCCCUCGAGGCUGCUAAAGCUGCUGACGCAGUUCUUCUGGGAGCAGUCGGUGGACCUGUACGUUCACUUUUUUUUUUUUUUACCACUCUCCUAAUACUCGGGGUUGAAUCCGCUGACAGAACUCAGAAAUGGGGAACCGGUAAAGUGCGCCCAGAGCAAGGUCUCCUCAAGCUCCGCAAGGAAAUGCAAGCAUUCGGAAACCUCCGACCAUGCAACUUCGCCGCAGAGGUCCUCGUCAAGCUCUCCCCAUUGAAGGAAGAAGUCUGCCGCGGCGUCGACUUCAACAUCAUCCGCGAGCUCACUGGGGGUAUCUACUUUGGUGACAGGAAGGAGGAUGAGGGCGAUGGGAUAGCUUACGACACCGAGCCCUACUCUCGCCCCGAGAUUGAACGUAUCGUCCGUUUGGCGGCACAUCUGGCUCUACAGGUCGAUCCUCCGUUGCCAAUCACCUCGUUGGACAAAGCAAACGUUCUAGCCACCAGCAGGCUCUGGAGAAAGACCGUCGAUGAGAUCCUUGGCGGGGAGUACCCGCAGAUUAAGUAUCAACACCAGCUGAUCGAUUCGGCGGCCAUGCUGAUGGUUAAGGACCCCCGUGCCCUGAACGGGGUCAUUGUCACGAGCAAUCUUUUUGGAGAUAUCAUAAGCGACGAGGCGAGUGUGAUCCCCGGCAGCUUGGGGCUUUUGCCAAGCGCUAGUUUAUCCGGUGUUCCGGAUGGGAAGACGAAGGUGAACGGGAUUUACGAGCCUAUUCACGGGUCCGCUCCAGACAUUGCUGGAAAGGGUGGGUUCUCUGGUGCCAGAGGACGCAAUGAUUGAUUGCUGACAGCGGUAUAGGAAUUGUUAACCCUGUGGCUGCUAUCCUUUCCUGCGCAAUGAUGCUGCGUUAUUCUUUGAAUAUGCGUAGCGAGGCUCUGGCCGUUGAAGAAGCCGUCCGCACAGUUCUUAAUGACGGUUUCGGGACCGGUGAUAUCGGCGGAACGUCCACAACCUCCGAGCUCGGUGACAAGAUCGCAGGAGCCUUAAACUCCCUCCUUGGCGGAUAGGAGGCCGAGGUGCACGGGCUGGAACUAAAUCCCGAUAUUACCGAUUACGGCCCCCUAAAACCGGGCCAUCCCCAUGUUUAUAAUAGUCUAGAUUCGAGAUUCCACCACUCAAUGCUCUAUUGCUUCCCGUGAAGAAAAUGUGUUUUAUUUUGUUCCCGUUCCCG